AUGGGAGAAUGGACCAUCUUGGAGAGGCUGCUGGAGGCGGCUGUCCAGCAGCACUCUACCAUGAUUGGAAGGUGGCCAGAAAAAGGAGACCGAAGGGAUGUCCGUGUUGCUCUGUUUCUUCUGGAUAUGAUCCUGCUGACAGUGGUGGUCAUUUUCCGCAUCCUAAUAGUCGGCAUAGUGGGUGAGAAGGUGUACGAGGAUGAGCAAAUCAUGUUCAUCUGCAACACCAUGCAGCCCGGCUGCAACCAGGCUUGUUACGACAAAGCCUUCCCCAUCUCGCACAUUCGCUACUGGGUCUUUCAGAUCAUCCUGGUGUGCACGCCCAGCCUGUGCUUCAUCACAUAUUCUGUCCACCAGUCAGCGAAAGCACGGGACCGGAGCUACUCCCUCCUGCAUCCUUACAUGGAUCACCACAGUCAUGGUCACCACGGUCGCCAUCAUGACCACCAUGCACGCAAGCUUCACUCCCGAAACAUCAAUGGCAUCCUGGUGCAUCCCGACAGCAGCAAGGAAGACCACGACUGCCUGGAGGUGAAAGAGAUCCCCAAUGGACCUCGAGGACUCCCUCCCUCUCAGAAGAGCUCCAAGGUGCGACGGCAGGAGGGCAUCUCACGCUUCUACGUCAUUCAGGUGGUGUUCCGGAAUGCCCUGGAGAUUGGCUUCCUGGCUGGCCAAUACUUUCUGUAUGGCUUCAACGUGCCGGGGAUGUUUGAGUGUGAUCGUUACCCGUGUGUGAAGGAGGUGGAGUGUUACGUAUCCCGCCCUACAGAAAAGACCGUGUUUCUGGUCUUUAUGUUUGCAGUGAGCGGAAUAUGUGUGUUACUUAACCUGGCUGAGCUCAACCACCUCGGCUGGAGGAAGAUAAAGACGGCCAUCCGAGGGGUGCAGGCACGCCGGAAGUCUAUCUGUGAAGUGCGCAAGAAGGAUGUUUCACACCUGUCCCAGGCCCCAAACCUGGGCAGGACCCAGUCCAGUGAGUCGGCCUACGUCUGACAGAGGCUCCUCUGCCUGGGGGCUCGAGGACCUUUAGCAUUUUGGAGAAGAGCCUUUCCACGGCCCAGGACCCCCGAUCAUUAGGGCACAAAACUCACCACUGCAUUAUUAUUCAGGAGCACAGACAGACUCUGUGUAGCAUCAACUCACCAUGUAGACUUUGACACUUCAAGA